AAUCAAUAUUAAAAUAUAAUAAUAAAUAAACAAGAUUUCAUGAAAAAUAUUAUUUUAGACAUAUUUAGUGACAUUCAGUACCCAAAGGGUGGUAUACCUGUUUGUACGCUGUCAGUUGCUAAAAACGUCUUAGGUUAUAUCAGAAUUCGUAUGGUGUCAUAUAAAAGCAUUUUUAUAAAGAAAAUAAUACUCUGGGAGAAUUCACGUUUAAAGUUUAUUUAGAUAUCAUUGAUCUUAUUAAAAUGAAUAAGUAUAUACAUUUAGCGACUGUAGGAACAAGCUAUGCUAAUCGUAUGAAUCGUUUGAGCAAUCGUAUUUUUGGCGAAGUCGUUAGACCAACAAAUACCAAAUCACUUAAAAUAGUAAAGCUUUUUAGCGAAAAGCCUAUUCAUAAACGACCAGAAAUUGUCGAUUAUUAUCCUCCACAUAAAAAUAUACAGAAAUUAAUGUUACAUCUACGUGAUUAUGGUCUUUUCAGAGAUGAACAUCAAGAUUUUAAAGAAGAAUACGAUCGUUUAAGAGAAUUACGUGGCAAAAAGAAAUGGAUACCACCGCCUUUCAGAAAAUAAAACUUUUUCAGCUAUUACUGUAAACUAUAAAAAAUAACUGAAAUAAAAUUAGUAUUUAUUAUUAAAAUAAAUAUAAAAAUAUAUAUUAUUUAUAUAUCUCUCUAUUAAAACAAUUAUAUCUAUAACUCAAUUAAAUAUUUCUUAAGAUAUCUGUUGUUUGAACUAUACCAGUAAAACCAUCUUAAAUUCUAAAACGACAGAUAAUCACAGUUUAUUUUGUAAUAUAAAAAUGAUUAUACUUAUUUACAUUUAAAUCAGUUAUGAUACAUGGCACUCUUUGAAUAUUUGUUAUUCAAUAUAUCCAUUUAUGGAUU